UCAACCCAACAAUACACGUACAUGUUUUUUCAAGUCAUGUGUAUUCGGGUGGAGAUCCCAUUAAAGUCACACACGAACCUUUUACAGAUGCAAAUGUGCCACGAAUGUCUCCGUCCUGCCGCCACUCAGCUCACUUUGAUCACCUCUGACGGAAGGCUGGCUGGCUGGAUAUUUAAUGCCAUUCGAAGAGAAGUCCGAUCAUUUCAAUCUGAUCACCGGUAGAGUUAGGUCACAAUGGCAAUCGUGCAUGGCAACCUUGGGAAUGGACACUUAAAACAGUUCCAGCUGUUUCCAACUGCAUAUUUGGAAAGGAGGACUAACAUGCACCCAACAGAUUACGCAGCUCAAGACAGGAUGAAAUUCCUCCAUGGCGUCUCCAGAGCGGACAGCGCGAGCUUGUUUACGCACCGCAGAAAACGCACCAACUUUACGCAGCAGCAGAUCGACGUCCUGGAGAAAGUCUACUUGGACACCAAAUACCCUGAUAUUUAUUUAAGGGAGAAGCUUGAGGCACUGACCGGCUUGCCAGAGUCAAGAAUUCAGGUGUGGUUCCAGAACCGAAGAGCCAAGUCACGGCGCCAAGUGGGAAUUCCUGUUUCAAAUAAGACCAGUGGAAAUGUCCUGACCCCAAACAGUCUCCAUAUGAACCAGUUUACAACACAUCAGAAUCACACUGGCCUGGAGACACAAAGACUGCCAAACUUCACCACAAUGGACAACUUCAGUCAACAGCUGAUCAACUCUUCAGAUGAGAAGAUCUGCACCAUGAAAGGUGACGUGUACAACCCAACCACGAUUCCAUGUAUGUUCAGUAGAACUGAGGAGAACCAGAUCAAGACCGAUCACCUGAGUGUUGUGGUGCCACGCAAUUACACACAGCCAUAUCCAAAGGGACAUGGGCCUUUUAUGAACACAAGCCAUGCUAAAUCUACAAUGAAGCAGUUUUUGGUGGAAUAUGAUAACUUCCCUCCAAACAAGACCAUUGGGCCAGAGAUGAAGGUUGUUAUUCCACCUCUCCCGUCACAGAAUAACUUCAUGAUGUCUUCAUCAUCCCCCAAACAUGUCGCCUGUUCUGUCCAAAACAUGCCAGUAAAGGUCCAGUCAGGAAGUUUUGGAACUUUCUCUCCCAUUAGAGCUAGCGAAACCGUCGAGUUCUCAGAUUCCGACUCGGAUUGGGAAAGAGAAGCCAUGUCUGGUUUUAAUGGGUUUAUUUAGCUUUUUCAAUUUUAACACUCUCACAGAAUUUAUCUUAAGCUUUGAAGAACAUCUUAGGUUUUAAAAUGCGAUAUUUAUUGUAUAUUUCAGAUAUUAUUGUAUAUUGUUAUGUGUGAUUAUCACACAAUGUGGGUGUAAAGGGAGACAUUCUACAUUCUAAUAAAUCUUUUUUUAUAAAACAUCAAAA